GACGGGGAGAGCCACUCGCCAGUGUGCGAUCCCCUUGGGAGCAAGAGCUGAGACUUCCUCCGUACCCGCCGGCAGCCACACGCCACCCUCCACCCGUCACCAUGGUGCACUGGUCAGCCGAGGAGAAGCAGCUCAUCACCGGCCUCUGGGGCAAGGUCAACGUGGCCGAGUGCGGUGCCGAGGCCCUGGCCAGGCUGCUGAUCGUCUACCCCUGGACCCAGAGGUUCUUCGCUUCCUUCGGGAACCUCUCCAGCCCCACUGCCAUCUCUGGCAACCCCAUGGUCCGUGCCCACGGCAAGAAAGUGCUCACCUCCUUCGGGGAUGCCGUCAAGAACCUGGACAACAUCAAGAACACCUUCGCCCAGCUGUCGGAGCUGCACUGCGACAAGCUGCACGUGGACCCCGAGAACUUCAGGCUCCUGGGUGACAUCCUGAUCAUCGUCCUGGCUGCCCACUUUGCCAAGGAUUUCACUCCCGAAUGCCAGGCCGCCUGGCAAAAGCUGGUCCGUGUGGUGGCCCACGCUCUGGCCCGCAAGUACCACUAAAGCGUCAACAGGAAAACCCCGGCAGCAUCCUCCGGCUGCGUGUUGCGCCCUGGCUGACACGCUGCGCUGGAGCUGACAGCUUGUAACACCCAAAUAAAGCUCAUCUUGUGAAGUCUC